AUGCUCAUUUCGUAUCUUGUUUCUAAGGGAGAGCAAUCAGUGGCUUCGAUACGCCGAGAAAGAUCCCGAUCGAAGGAGAUAUCGAUGGCAGGGAAGAAGGUUGUUCUGAAGAACUACGUGAGCGGGUUUCCAAAGCUCAGCGACUUCGAGGUGGUGGAGACCGACGACGCCGUAAGGUCAGCGCCGCCGGAAGGAUCAGAGGCGGUGGUCGUCAAGAAUCUCUACCUCUCCUGCGAUCCCUAUAUGCGCCAUCUCAUGUCCAGGAACAGGGAGCCCUUGAGAAUUGAGAGUUAUGUUCUUGGAGAGGCAAUCAAAGGGUUUGGCGUCAGCAAAGUUGUUGCUUCUGGCCAUCCUGAUUACCAAAUAGGCGACUACGUCUGGGGCUUGACCGGAUGGGAAAGCUACAGCCUCAUAGACAAACCUCAAGCCUUGUUCAAGAUUAACCACACUGCAGAUGUGCCUCUUUCUUACUACACCGGCCUUCUUGGCAUGCCGGGGCUCACAGCUUAUGCUGGAUUUUAUGAGAAAUGCUCCCCUAAGAAAGGAGAAAAUGUUUAUGUUUCAUCUGCUGCUGGAGCUGUUGGGCAGCUCGUCGGCCAGUUCGCUAAGCUGAUGGGUUGCUAUGUUGUUGGCAGCGCCGGUUCUGAUGAGAAGGUUGAGCUGCUCAAGAGCAAAUUUGGCUUUGAUGAGGCAUUCAACUACAAGAAAGAGUCUGAUCUCAAUCUGGCUUUGAAAAGGUAUUUCCCUCAAGGAAUCGACAUAUACUUCGACAACGUCGGCGGCGCAACCCUCGACGCCGUCCUCCUCAACAUGAGGAACCACGGCCGCAUCGCCGCCUGCGGGAUGAUCUCACAGUACAACCUCGAAAAGCCCGACGGCGUCCACAACCUCGCAACGAUAAUCGGUCGGAGGGUUGAGAUCAAAGGCUUUGUGGUGUUCGAUCACUACAACCUCUAUCCCCAAUUCGUGGAGACGAUCACACAGUACGUAAAAGAAGGGAAGAUUGAAUAUGUGGAGGAUGUGGCCGAGGGUUUUGAGAACGGUCCUUCGGCGCUUUUGGAGCUCUUUGAGGGCCGAAAUGUUGGGAAGAAAUUGCUUGUGGUGGAUAAGGAGUAAGUCUGCAAUUUGAGCCAGUUUUGUUUUUGUGCUUUCUUCUCUUGCUUUGCUUUGCUUGUUUAAGGCUGUUGAGAAAGCUUGUUGUUGGUGUUUGAUGGUGUUCAGCUUGAUAAUUAUCUCAAAUUUGGCUAGUUUUUAUCUGUAAACUUAUAUGUUUAUCUACAAAAUAUGAAUGAGGUAUGGUUCAAUGGUGUUCGAUUCGAUAA